AAGCUAAUAUGAUUUAUCCAAAUUAGUAUCUGUUCGGACGUUAUGAAUGUUCCCCUUUAUUGUCUGGCGUUGUGUGGUGGAGGGGGCAAUUAAGGGGUGAUGCGUAUAGCAUAAUCGCCCGACAACCCAAAAGUACUAGAUGUAAUUGAUACAGUCCACAAACCAGAGUGCUGUUUGAGCCAGCCUCUGUCGAAUAAACAGUAUCAUAAUGUAAUGUAAAUGAGCCUGUAAAUGUUGUAAUAUGCUUUAAAGUAUUGUUCAACUAUAAUUGUUAUAUUGCUGUGUUAUUCAAGUAUUUUUGUUAAAUUGUAAUUAUUCUAGUGAUGUCUGAAUUUGAAUUCAAUUUUCAGUUAUGCAGUAGUAUUAUAAUAUUAUUGAUUGUUCGAUAAACCACAUAUAGUGGACACAUUAAUAAGAGACAUAAAGAGUGAAAUCAUGCUCUCUCAUAAACUGACAUUUUACUUUAGUGUUUCAUUUCUAUUGGAUGUUAAUCCGAUUGUCAUCAUUCAAAUGUAUAAGUCAAAAUCCCUCUAAGAUACCUGAAAUUGAGUACAUAUCAAAUUUGAGACAUUUUAAUGCUCUAUGAGCUCAAAAUCAGUAUUAAUCAAUGAUUGAGAAUAUAUGAGGCGAAAAAGACAAGUCUGAUAAAAUCUUCACCCUUCCGUUCAUCUUCAGUAUUCUCAAGACCAUGGGCUGGUAUUAUAUCAUGUGUUGGGAUUUUACAUGUUUUUAUUGCAACUUUUACGUGUGACUCAAAUAAACAUUAUUAUUAACCUAAAAGUUUUUGGAAUUAAAAACAUUUGAAUAAGAAAAGCAAUGAAAUACAGAAAAAACUUAUUCAAUGCGAUGAUCAUGGAAGCUGACCAAUUGAUAAAGGUUAUGGAUAAUGUGAAAGUCUUGAAGAGUCUGGAACUUUGCAAACUUCCCCAAGUCUUAAAGGGCAAAAAGGUGACAAUAAUCAGUGAGAAUGAUGCUAAAAACUGUGUGCCCCAAGUUGCUCUGUGGUCCGUGACACAGAGUUUGGGUGGAGAAAUAAUGCCUAUCACGUUUGACUGGCAUAACUUGACGUCUAAAAAGGACUUUGGCAAAAUGAUAUCUCGUUGCUACGACCUUGUGCUCGUGGAAACAAAGCAUUGCAGAGACAUAAUAACGUUCAGUGAAGGCUGUGAGAUCCCAGUGGUGUACUGCGGUUGCGGGAUGUACCAACCGCUAGAGGGACUCGCGAACAUUCUCACCAUUGGCGAGCAUUUUGGCAGACUGAGCCACUUGAAGUUCGGAUGGGUGGGGCCUGGCUGCUCGGCCCUCAACACUUACAUGAUGAUGCUACCCAGAUUCGGCAUUCCCAUCAGUUACAACUGUACCUCGAAUCCGAAUUUCCCUGUCCAACCGAUUUGCUAUGAUAAAAGCUACACUCUAUCCAGGAUGCAUUCUACCAACUUGAAUAACUGUAAAACUGCCAAAGAAGCCAUAAAAAAUUCCGAUAUAAUCGCUACUACUGUUCACAAUAUUCAAUGUCAACAAAUUACUACAGAGAUGCUGGAAGAAGCCAAUGAUAACUGGAUAUUUCUGCACCGUCUACCUAGAGGAAAUCAGGAGGCGACUCCAGCCGUUUUCGCUCAUGAGAGGAAUUUGGUGUGGCAGAGUUUCGACAACUUGAUCUACGUUUGUGUU